CACACGCACACACACACACACACACACACACACACACACACACACACACACAGUCACAACAGGAGUGCAAAGAGUGACUCAGGUAAGCGGGAACGCUCCUGGUGAGAGAAGACCCGGGGAAGAGGAGAGCAGCGCGGUGGAGGGAGAGAUAGGGUUGGUGGUGGAGGAGGAGGAGGAGGAGGAGGCGUAGAGCUGCGAUUUUUCUUUUUGAAGGAGGCGGAAAGAGGGAAGAAGAAACUGAAGAUCUGGACUCCCGGUGUGGAACCACUGCACGAGAAGAGGCAAGUUGGAUGUGGAGUGACGCGAGGACUGUGAUUGGAUGAACGGGGACAGACUACGGAGCACUGAGAGAAACCUACUGGGAAGAACAUGACAUCCGUCUUUCGGAGCAUGACUACUCGGGGGGGCUCAAGAUGAAAGGGGGGCUUUCAGGGAAGUUUAUGCACCGUCGGAACAGAGACGAGGCUGAUGAACCACCUGUCCUCCUGACAUGAGCACACGAGCGGCCACACAGGAAGACCUCGCGCGGGCACUUCUCUUCGGAUGCUGUGAGACGUCAGCUGUCCGGAUCACCUGAACUCACCCGAGGACCCCCGAGAGGGACCCGCCGCUGGAGCCACAUCCUCCCCUGAGAGACUUUGUGAGUGUGGGAGCCUCUCGAGGGGAUGCCGAUCAGGUGGACCACCUGUGCCGUGAGGAUCCUGCGUGUUACCCCGGCCUGAGACCCAUGUGACCGCCUCCUCUCCCCAUUGCAACUGGAUGUCUUGAUGUAUUGUUGUGGUCUGGGACACUGGCGGAGAGUGCAGUCCACCAAUGGAGAGCGUCAGGACUCCGAUGUUGUCGAGGAAAGAAACGCGCAGGUGCAGCUGGAGAAGGCCAAGUACAAGCCCGUGGCGUUCGCGGUGCGCUGCAACUUCUCCUACACACCAGCGGACGACGACAACGUCCCCGUGCCGGGCCAGGCCGUCACCUUUGAGGCCAGAGAGUUCAUCCAUGUCAAAGAGAAGUUUAACAACGAGUGGUGGAUCGGCCGGCCGGUGAAGGAGGAUGGCGUGGUGGGCUUCGUCCCCAGUCCGGUCAACCUGGAAACCAUUCUCAUCAGGAGGGAAGUGCAGGCGAGGAAAGCCGCCAAGGCCUUAGCCAACAAAGCCACUCAAGUAGCUCAAGAUAUGAACGCAAAGAAAUAUACUCCCCCAUCCCAAGCCAACCAGCAGGUGAAAAAGAAACCGGGGGAGCAGGUGUCCAUGUACGACGUGGUGCCCACCAUGCGUCCGGUGGUCCUGAUGGGGCCGUCGCUGAAGGGCUUAGAGGUUACAGAUAUGAUGCAAAAAGCGCUGUUUGACUUUUUAAAACAUCGAUUUGAAGGCAGAAUCACUAUUACACGGGUCACAGCAGACAUCUCUCUGGCUAAACGCUCCAUUCUCAACAACCCGGGCAAAAAGGCAUUAAUGGAUCGGUCGAACACUCGCCACAAUUUAGAUACUGCCGCCCAGAUCCAGGGGGAGGUGGAGCGUAUCUUUGAGCUGGCCCGCAGCCUGCAGCUGGUGGUUCUAGAUGCAGACACAAUCAACCACCCCAUCCAGGUGUCCAAGACCUCCCUGGCGCCGAUACUUGUCUACGUCAAGAUCUCCUCCCCGAAGGUGUUGACGAGACUGAUCAAGACCAGAGGGAAGUCACAGACCAAGCAUCUUAACGUUCAGAUGGUGGCAGCAGACAAGCUCGCCCAGUGCCCUCCGGAAAUGUUUGACGUCAUCUUAGAUGAGAACCAGCUGAUCGACGCCUGUGAGCACAUUGCUGAUUACCUGGAGUCGUACUGGAGAGCCACUCAUCCGCCGGAGAUGGAGCACGACAACACACUGGUGGCCCAGCUGGCCGUGAACACGCUGCCCAGCAGUCCCGCAGCGUUACCGGACGGCCACAAAAACAGGAAGCCUGCCGCCCCGAAGACGAAGAGCUCCCGGGAGAACCACGUAGACCGGGAGCAACCGCCAGCCGCCCCGGCACAGGAGGCCCGGAGGGAGGAUGAGGAGCAGCAGCUCCCGAGGGCCGAGCCAAAGAGGCCCCCGCACACCCGCCACCGCCACCACCACCACCACCACCACCACCGGCGGGUGGAGCGCCACGGCCACAUCCAGCACAGCCAGACGUCCGGCGGCGCGGAAGAGCGGUCGAGCAGCGAUUACAGACACGGGCCUCCCCGCAGGGGCCCGCCUGAGGAGAGGGGGGAGGAGGAGGGGGAGGAGGAGGAGGAGGAGGAGGAGGAGGAGGACCAGGAGGAGACGCGCUAUAACCACCGAGGCCACGAGCACCACCAUCACAACAGCCACCACCACCACCAACAGCAACAACAACAACAACAUCGCCGUGGGAACGGCGGGCAGGAGCACAACGAACGCAACCGUCAGCGAAGGCAUCACCAGCACAUUCCACCGCGGACACAGCUGACGGACCCUGCGCACAAUCAUCACAACCACCACGCCAGAGACAGAGACAGACACAAGGACAGGGACAGAGACAGACACAAGGACAGAGACAGAGACAGGGGUGGAGGUAGAGAUAGAGAGAUGCGACAGUGGCACGGAGAUUCCUGCAUUCACUAGCGACUGUUGUUUCUCCUCGUAUCGCUUUCCUUUUUUUCCCCACGGCCACAAGCACGGACUUUGUCCUUUCAAAUGACAAAUUAAUAUAUUGGUCAAGAUGAAGGCGACGUUGUGCUUGUGCACAAUGUAUUCAAAGUCAAUUGAUUUCAUCCAUUAUCUCAAGAUAAUGUUAGAAAAAUGACUUUCUGGUUAGUUGGGUUCACCGAGCUAAAACUAAUGCAAUCUAAUUGUUACAGUGUUUUAGCUUUUAUUGUGUUGAUUUGGCUUUAUGAUAAUUCUGGAUGAUGGAGAUUGUGAAGCUGCUGAAUAGUGUUUAAUGGCAGGUUUAACUCUUUUAGUCUUCUGCCAUUGGUCAAAAUGAGAUGUAAAAAUACCAUUAAUUAAAAUGGAUUAAAAUUCCUUUCAACAGCAUGACAAACUACAUCCUCCACAUCAACACCUCCCUUGAACUGAACAUUAUAACCUUUAUGAUUUAUUGCAGGGUGGUUUUAUUAAGUAGCAUUAGUCGCUCAUCUGGCCACUGGGGUGUGUAUUUUGAGAAAAUUAUCCUUAAACUUUAGUCAAUUUAUUGACUAAUGAUAAAUUAUUCAUCAUUUAAUCUUAACUUGUCUUGGCAAAAAUAAAUGAGCAUUAUUGUUAAGAUUAAAUGUAAGACUUGUAAACAAGCACUCAAAGAUGGAAAUGUGGCUUCUGAUGCAGUUUUUAAUGUUUUUUGCUGACUUCAGUAAGCAGAUUUAUAGAUAAUGAAUCACAGCUUCUCGCCCAAAAUAGUUUUACACAAUCAAAUAACUGAUCUCAAAACAACGGGAUGAAAUAAAGGAGUUGAAAACAGCCGUUCAUAGUAGCUCUUUAGCUAUCCGCUACUGUACAACUAAUGAUUAUUAUUAUUAUCUCGUUACGCGAGAGGAUCGGACAUGAGUUGCAUUCAGUGUAAAUCUUCAAAGGCCAACAAGUUAUUUCAACCAUUCGAAAGGAGAGUGAAACUAUUUUUCUACACAGUUCUGAAGGGAAGUCAUACGUUGCUUCCUACUUUUCUAAAUGGUGUUGGAGCACAUCUGUUGAUUUGCAUUUGUCUGGAAGCAUUGGGAAAUCUGUUGCCGACGCCGGCUACGUGCUGGAUACUCUAUGCAUCUUCUCCUGAUGAAAUAUAUAGCUUGAAUACAAUCUCUAUGCAUUUGUACAUAUUCAUGAUUGCCUUGUCAGGUGGGCUGGAUGUGAGGAGAACCAGAGAGCCUGGUUGAAUGAACAUCACCUACUGUUUAUGUUCGGAUGAGACGGAGACGACUGUGUUCAACAUGAGUUUUUGGCGGUUAGCUUUUUGUACAUUUUCGUUUUGACAAAUGUGCAUUCUAAAAUCAUUAAAAUGGAAAACAAG